UUUCACUUCGGAGGAGGGGGGAGCAAAAGAAAAAAAAGGGGGAAUCGCUCCGGCGACUGGCGGCGAUUGGGACGGGAUGGACGGAGCCAAGCCGCCGCCGGCGGCGGGUGGGAAGCAGGAGCUGGAAGAGGCACUGCUCCACAUCGUACAACAACACCACCACCACCAAUCCUUCCGCCAACGCCAACAAACUGAGAGAGCCAAGAAGGAUGCCUUGAGAAGCGCGGUGCGGGUGUCCGAUCUCCUCGUCGACACGGUCGACGGCGGGGUGCAGGAGCUCUUCGUCAACGAGAAGCGCAUCGAGCAUGAGGCCCGCGCGCUUCUCAUCACUAUCGCGCGCUACAGAAAGCAGACUGACCAGUGGCUGGCUGCCACCAACGAAAUCAACUCAGUCUUGAAGGAAAUUGGAGAUUUCGAGAACUGGAUGAAGAUCAUGGACUUUGACUGUAAAAGUAUCAAUGCAGCGAUACGCAAUAUUCAUCAGUCAUGACUCUUACCUGCAAUCACAACUUUAGGAAGUAUUCAUGUCAUUAGAUGUGCUGAUUCGAAUCAUGCGAGCUGGAAACCCUCUUGUAUACAACUGCUUCCUGUUUUUCCGUACAAAACUGUAAAAUGAAUCCUUGCCAAGUAUCUCUGCUAUGAGUACCAUCUUUGAUCCCUUCAAUUCCAAAGUGACGAUAUUUGAUCAAAAUACACCUUGAUCUGGUCAAGUCUUCCUAGUGUUAUUCUUGUGCCAUUAUCGGAGCAACUUUUGUCCGUGAGCUUGCAUGCUCAAGAUAGAUGCGGAAACACUGAAAGGUAAGACCAAUUACUGCAUUAAAAGUAUUCUUCGUAUCAUUUUAUUCCUUGCACAUGUAUGCUUUGAAAGCAGUGAAUACAUCUUUGGAGUAGACUACUGCAUCAUGAAAGGGACACUUCUCCUUUCAAUGAUGAUUACAAGGUACUAAACCACACACCAGCACAGGCGGCAAUAAUGUGAGUCCUAGUUCACCUUCCUGCAGUUUUUCCUUAUCUGUCCACUUGAUCCAGUGAGGGGACUAAUGUUGCUCAUCUUCACCAUCGCCGCACUGAAAUCGGUGAAGAAUUUUGCCAUGUUUGAAGAGUAGGUGGUAGUCUGGGAGUCUGCUGAGCCUCCAUUGAACAAUUGCUGAUCAGAAUGCAGAACACCCUUCUUGUUCAGCAAGUUCUUGUAGUAGAAGUUGUCAAAAACAUAGGGUGUUGAGGCAUCAAGGGGGGAAAUAUUAUUGUCGCCAGUCUUUUUUGGACAAUUUGAUUUCAGUGAUGUUACAAGGGAUGUGUCAAUGUUAGUUUCGCUGUAUAUGCGAUCGCGGAAGUUGACACAUCUGGCUUGCCCAAUGGUGUGCCCUCCUGCAAGGAUGUCAGCGCAUGAUACCACCUGCGGGCAGAUCCCCUCAAUCUGUGCUUUGAUGCUGUCGAUCACAUCAAAUCCACGCAGGGAAUUGUUGUUCGGAACAGCGCUCUUCUCCCCUGUGAAGGUUGGGGUGUCAUCAAGCAGCACGGAGCCAUCGCAACCCUGUAUAUUUAGCAUUUCCAUGUUAAUGAUCCAGAAAAUGUAAGUAUGAAACUAUCUGCAGAUUUGGUGACACUUGCAUUGACAAAG